AUGUGGUUGAAGACCAUGGAAAAAUCCAACGACAGCUCAGAGUAUGGUUUUAUCUUAGUGGGCUUCUCUGACCGGCCAAGGCUAGAGCUGGUACUCUUCAUGGUCAAUUUUACUCUGUAUUCAGUGGCUGUGCUGGGAAACUCAACCAUAAUCCUUGUGUGUAUUUUGGACCCUCGACUACAUACCCCAAUGUACUUCUUUCUGGCCAAUCUCUCCUUUCUAGAUCUCUGCUUCAGUACAAGCUGUAUCCCGCAGAUGCUGGUGAACCUCUGGGGCCCUGACAAGACCAUCAGCUACGCUGGCUGUGCGAUCCAGCUCUUCUCGUUCCUCUGCGUGGGGGGCGUUGAGUGCAUCCUCCUGGCCGUGAUGGCCUAUGACCGUUACGCUGCGGUCUGCAAGCCCCUGCACUAUCUGGUCAUUAUGCACCCCCAGCUGUGCUUACAACUGCUGGCUGUGGCCUGGGGGAGUGGACUGGUCAAUGCCAUUGUCAUGUCCCCACUCACAAUGACUCUGUCCAGAUGUGGCCGGCGCCGGGUCAACCACUUCCUCUGCGAAAUGCCAGCACUGAUCAAGAUGGCUUGUGUGGACGCCCGCGCAGUGGAGAUGCUGGCCUUCAGCUUUGCCAUCCUCAUCGUCCUCCUGCCUCUGGCUCUCAUCCUCGCGUCCUACGGCUAUAUCGCAGUAGCGGUGCUGAAGAUCAAGUCGGCUGCUGGGCGCCUCAAGGCGUUCAACACCUGCAGCUCCCACCUGACCGUGGUCUCUCUGUUCUAUGGAAGCAUCAUCUACAUGUACAUGCAGCCCGGGAACAGCGCUUCCCAAGACCAGGGCAAGUUUCUCACCCUCUUCUACAACCUGGUCACUCCUAUGCUGAACCCACUCAUCUACACCUUACGGAAUAAGGAGGUAAAGGGUGCGCUGAGAAAGGUGUUGGGGAGGCAACCCUGA